AUAAAAUGAGAUUCAAAGAGAAAUAAAAAAAGGGGAACCAAAAAAAAAAAAAAAAAAAUGAGCUGGGGUGUCUUGUAGCCCGCUUAAAAUUUCCUUUUUGUCGUGACUGUUUUACACCUGCAAUAAAAAAAAAAAAUACUCGCAAUAAAAAAAAAAGAGCAUCUCCACUAAAACAAUAUAUAUCAAUGGCAGAAAAGAGAAAAGAUACCUCGGUUGCAGGUGCACUCAUCAAACGUGCUAAACAAGACGAUGAAAAUAAAAAUAGUUCACUCAUCACUUUAUCUAACGAAAGAUCUGGAACUAAAAAUGCCAUUGUUGGAACAAUUAAGCGUACAUCAGGCUUAGAAGCACCCGUAAUGCAAUUGAUAGGUCAUGACGGUGAGAUAUUCUCUUGUGAAUUCGAUCGUUCUGGAGAAUAUAUUGCUAGUGCAGGCUUCGAUAGAAAUAUUUUAUUAUGGAACACUUAUGGAGAAGUAAAGAAUUACGGUGUAUUAAAGGGCCACACCAAUGCAAUCAUGGAAAUUCACUGGUCCAGAGAUUCCAGCCAAAUUUUCAGUUGUUCAGCAGAUAAAUCUGUUGGUAUUUUUGAUGCCAAGACAGGCGAACGUACACGUCGAUGGAGAGGACAUACCGGUAUUGUCAACAGUUGUCAGGUCGCAAGAAGAGGACCCGAAUUAGUUGUAUCCGGAAGUGAUGAUUGUACUGUCAAAAUUUGGGAUAGCAGAACAAAGGAAGCCGUCAACACUUUCACAAACGAUUAUCAGGUCACCAGCGUUUGUUUCAGUGAUGCUGGUGAUAUGGUCUAUUCAGCUGGCCUCGAUAAUGAAAUUAAAGUGUGGGAUGUGCGUAAAAAUCAAAUCGCUUAUACAAUGAAGGGACACAUGGAUACCAUUGCUGGCAUGUCUCUGAGUCCUGAUGGAUUUAACUUAUUAACAAACUCAAUGGAUAAUACAGUGCGUAUAUGGGAUAUUAAGCCUUUUGCUGCUGCUGAUCGUUGUCUUAAAAUAUUCGAAGGAGCUCCUCAUGGUUACGAAAAGAAUUUGAUUCGACCUUGUUGGGCAACAGACGGUAGUCAAAUCGCAUGUGGUUCUGCUGAUCGAUCCGUUGUUAUUUGGGAAGUAGAAAGUAGAAAAAUUCUUUAUAAAUUACCCGGUCAUAAAGGUUGUGUUAAUGAUGUUGACUGGCAUCCUAAAGAACCCAUCAUCAUGAGCGCAAGCACAGAUAAAACCCUUUUCUUGGGUGAAGUAAAACCUACAAAAUUGUAAUAAAAUAAUCCGUCGUCGUAUAUAUAUAUAUAUUAUAAUAUUUAAUGUAGAUGUGUCAUCAUGAUAGGAUGAACACUAUUAUAGACAUAUCU